CACAUGCGUGGCCUGCCAUAGCUGAGUCAAAGGUUGAUAUCGAUAUCGGCACGUACACAUUGUCAUGAUACUAGGAAUUUGAUCCCGUUUGCCGACGUUUUUGGACAUCAGGACGAUGCAUAAACCCCUUCUGACCAUCGUAUGUCAACUUCAACACCACCAAGAUGGCGACUAUGAACCGAAACAGUUCUGAGGGCGAGCCAUGUCCCAAACAACAGGGAGAAUCUGACGUCUCCGACAGCCAGAAUUCCAAGCAAGAUGCUGUUGAAAUCCAUCUUCACAAUAAGGUCAUCUUAAUGCACCCCGAGAUGGCUGUCAGGACCAUCAAGUCUGCGGAUGCUGCGCAGAUGUCUGCGGAGGAUGUCCAGUACACCCUCGGAGCGGACUUUCACCGCGGCCUGACCAAUGAGGAGGCUGCCAGAAGACGGCAGAUUCAUGGUCAUAACGACUUUGAGAUUAACGAUGAUGAGCCGCUAUGGAAGAAAUAUCUUGGACAGUUCAAAGACCCACUGAUCAUGCUGUUGCUUGCUUCGGCGUUCAUCUCCAUUUGUAUGAGACAGUUUGAUGAUGCUGUCAGUAUCACAGUGGCAAUCAUCAUUGUAGUAACAGUUGCCUUUGUACAGGAAUACCGGUCAGAAAAAUCACUGGAGGAGCUGACCAAAUUGAUGCCACCAUCUUGUCAUUGUGUGCGGGAAACGAAACUCAAAGUGUUUUUGGCACGCGACCUGGUUCCUGGCGACACUGUGCAUCUCUCAGUGGGAGACAGGGUACCUGCCGAUGUCAGAUUAUUUGAAGCUGUAGACCUGCAGAUAGAUGAGUCAAGUUUUACAGGAGAGACGGAGCCAAGCACCAAGUUCACAUUCCCACAGAAACUGGCUGGUAACUCAGGCGUGGCGAACAAGAAGAACAUUGCCUUCAUGGGGACACUUGUAAGGUGUGGGAGGGGAAAGGGAAUAGUUAUAGGAACUGGGGAGAACUCAGAAUUUGGGGAAAUCUUUAAGAUGAUGCAGGGAGAAGAGGCUCCAAAGACACCUCUUCAGAAGAACAUGGGUUUACUGGGAAAGCAGUUGUCCUUCUAUUCCUUCUGUAUCAUUGGUUUGAUCAUGCUGCUUGGCUGGCUCCAGGGCAGAAAGAUGUUGGACAUGUUUACAGUGGGAGUCAGUUUGGCAGUAGCUGCUAUACCUGAAGGCCUGCCAAUUGUGGUCACAGUCACACUGGCACUGGGAGUCAUGCGUAUGGCCAAGAGAAAUGCCAUCGUCAAGAAACUGCCUAUUGUGGAAACUCUAGGUUGUGUGAAUAUCAUCUGUUCAGACAAAACUGGGACUCUGACCAAGAACGAGAUGACAGUCACCUCUGUAGUCACUGCAGAUGGCAUCAUAGCAGAGGUGACAGGAGUGGGGUACAACUCAGAAGGCAUGGUGUAUGUAGAGGGAGCUGAGGCUGACCAACACCUACAUGCAUCCAUAUGGCAGAUUGGAGAGGUUGGUUGUGUAUGCAAUAAUGCUGAGAUCAGGACAGAGCAGCUCCUUGGGCAGCCAACAGAGGGCGCUCUUAUGGCUUUUGGCAUGAAGCUGGGUCUGUUCAAAGUCCAGUCCCACUAUGAGCGGCUGGAUGAAAUCCCCUUCAGUUCGGAGAAGAAGUGGAUGGCAGUGAUGUGUGCUCCACGGAACAAGGAGGUAUUGAGUCACUCCAGGUUCAGCAGGUUACAAGUGAAGGGUUCUGAGGAAUACUUCAUGAAAGGUGCCAUUGAGCAGGUGUUACAGCAGUGUGUGACGUACAACAGUCGUGGCACAGCUAUCCCUCUCACGGAGAAACAGCUCGCAGAGUACUACCACAACGCACAGCUCAUGGGCAGGGCUGGCCUCAGAGUUCUGGGUAUGGCGAGAGGCCCCGCCCUGGGGAAGCUGACCUUCGUGGGGAUGGUCGGCAUCAUCGACCCUCCCCGCCCCGGUGUGGCAGAGUCCAUACGGACCCUACAGGGGGGAGGGGUGCACAUCAAGAUGGUGACCGGGGACUCGGAGGACACUGCAGUUGCAAUUGGUAGCAGACUGGGUCUGUGUGCCCACGGCAGCCAUGCCAUGUCAGGGGAGGAGAUAGAGAAGACUGACAUCAUGGAGCUGUCACACAGGAUACACUCAGUCUCAGUGUUCUACAGAACAAGCCCAAGACACAAACUCAAGAUUGUCAAGGCUGUCCAAGCUAACGGUGACAUCGUGUGUAUGACCGGAGAUGGUGUGAACGAUGCCGUGGCUCUGAAGACAGCUGACAUCGGUGUGGCCAUGGGGAAGGUGGGGACAGAUGUCUGUAAGGAGGCCGCAGACAUGAUCUUAGUGGAUGAUGACUUCUUCACUAUCAUGUCUGCUAUUGAAGAGGGGAAGAGCAUCUUCUACAACAUCAAAAACUUUGUCAGAUUCCAGCUCAGCACGAGUAUAGCAGCCCUGUCCCUGAUUGCCCUGUCCACCAUGAGUGGCCUGCCAAACCCACUCAAUGCCAUGCAGAUCCUCUGGAUCAACAUCAUCAUGGACGGGCCUCCUGCUCAAAGCCUGGGAGUAGAGCCUGUGGACAAGGAUGUGGUGAGGAAACCUCCACGGAGUAUCAAAGACUCCAUCAUCACCAAGUCUCUACUGGGGAACAUUCUCAUGUCAGCUAUCAUCAUUGUCAGUGGCACUCUCUGGGUCUUCCACAGAGAGAUGAUGGACAACAUCAUCACCCCAAGGGACACGACUAUGACCUUCACCUGCUUUGUGUUCUUUGACAUGUUCAAUGCCCUCAGCUCCAGAUCACAGACCAAGUCCAUUUUUAAGAUUGGCUUGUUCACAAACCGUGUGUUCCUGUAUGCUGUUGGAGGCUCCAUUAUCGGCCAGCUGUUGGUGAUCUACUUCCCACCUCUACAGAGGGUGUUCCAAACAGAGGCACUCAGAUUGGAAGAUAUUGUUCUCCUGGUGGCGCUGACUUCAACAGUCUUCAUCGCAUCAGAGGUUAAAAAGCUGAUCCAGAACAUACAGUCCAAACCAUACGACCAAGUAAAGAUAGACGAGUUUGAUUAUGUAUGACACAGCAGAAUGCUGAUGAUUGGGGCCAACGGUCUUGUUUAUAAUUAUAUUAAUGAGCAUUUUACAUUAGCUGAAAGCAGAUACCUGGAAUGAUUUCCAUCUACAUGUACUUAACUUUCAUGUACACUUAUCUAUUGUUUGUUCUAUUUGUUGUUACACAAGAGAUUGUUACAAAUUAUAGUAAAACUACACUGAAACAAAUGUCAUGACUAUUUAAUGAUUGCAAUGGCUAUUAGAUUGCACAUAGUUGAAGAUGGCUCUAAGCUUUUAAUAGUACAUGUUGUAUACAAUUUGUUUCCAGUCUGACCAAAAAUGCCUUGUACUUAUAAUAAUAUGUACCCUACACAUAUCAUUAUGUAACAUGUGGAUGUGUAGUAAUGUUUUUAUACUUACAUGUAAAUGUACUGGUUAAUUUUGUUUGAUAACAUUGAUCAGUAUGGUGAUUACAGCACAAGAUGAACGGUCACUACAUGUACUAAGUUAAAGAGAUUUACCUUAGAUUGUGUUGAGUAUUGUUUAUUCAAUGCAGCUGUUGAAAUAUGAUUUUUACUUCCGAGGAGUUUAUCAGGGUCUACAGUAACUGCAGCAAAGAUCAGCACCACAACCAUCAAAUGAACAUAUUAUAGUUCUGUGAAGUUCUAUGUAUUGAAAUAGUGAAUGUCACUAUAAUGAUAAUGUUGUGGCAGGCUGUCCAUGAUUCAGAAGUUGGCCACUUAGUGGACCAAGAAUGGCCAUAGCUAGGUGACAUCACUGUGUGUUUAUAGGACCACAACAAUUUGAAGAUUCCAGGGGGUAAAAUCAUUUUUUAUGGAUUAAAUACUAGUAGUUUAAGGCCCAAGAUCACACUGAUAAGUAAUAGUUGACUGAAAGUGGGCGGAAAAUGCUCCCACCAGCCCUCUAUUUUGAGAUUUAGAGAUGAAAUAAUCCAAAGAAGAGAUUAUAUGACAAUGUAUAUUGUAAACUGUGUUACAAACAUACAAGAGUAAGAAGUAUUGUAAAAGGUGACAUGUCAAGAUGUACCUCUAUUGAUUGAGAGUGUUUGUAAUGAUGACUAUUUCUUCAUCAGCAAAGUAAUGGACCAGAGUAGUGAGGUGUAACAAACAGAAAAAAAUGUGAUGUUUUAGAACAUUGCCAACAUCUUGUGACACAUGUAACAUUAGGAAAGGCACCAAAUAAAAGUUGUAUUCAAAAGAGUACUACUGAUACUUGAAA